GGCUACAAGACAUUCAUUCACAUAAUUCAGACACAGAAAACGAGAGAGCGAUUCAACGAAAUCAAAGAAAAAUUCGAUAACAAUGGGGAAAGAUUUGAGCGAUGAACAAGUUUCCGCCAUGAAAGAGGCCUUUACCCUCUUCGAUACCGACGGCGAUGGCAAGAUCGCCCCAUCGGAGCUCGGGAUUCUUAUGCGUUCUCUCGGUGGAAAUCCUACGCAAGCGCAGCUCAAGUCCAUAAUCGCCGAGGAAAAACUCACAUCUCCCUUUGAUUUCAACAGGUUUACCGACCUAAUGGGGAAGCACCUCAAACCGGAGCCCUUUGAUCGCCAGCUUCGUGAUGCGUUUAAGGUUAUUGACAAGGAUGGGACCGGAUACGUCGUCGUCGCGGAUCUCAAACAUAUACUCACCAGCAUCGGAGAGAAGCUAGAGCCUGCUGAGUUCGAUGAGUGGAUCCGAGAGAUUGAUGUUGGAUCCGAUGGGAAAAUCAAGUAUGAGGACUUCAUCGCAAGAAUGGUUGCAAAAUGAUUUGUUAGAGAUGUUGCUGAUGAAAUACUGUGUGCUUCUCUGCCUUAUUUAGAUUUUAUAUUUUGGUGUGGUAAUUUACUUAAAACUCUGGUUCAGAGUUUUCUGCUUGCUAGUUUUGAUGAACUAUUUGUAUUUGGGGAAUAACCCGAAAUUUGUGCACUCAUUUAUCCAUUUUUUUGCCUUACUUCUAAACAGGGUGCUUGUGAAUAGUUUUGAUUUAAAUGUUCAUGUAAAACCUUGGUAAUUCGGUAUCUAUCAAUUGAUUUCCUUUUCCAUACCUACAA